UAGCGCGAGCCGGGACCGGGGAGGCGGGGCCGCGGACUUCUAGGGCCACUACCGGCCCCCGCCGCCCCUAGCCUAGGUUACCUGGGGCGCGUCCGUCCGUCAUUCGGUCCGUCUGCGGAGGGCGGCGGCGGCGGGGAUGGCGACCCCGGCUUCCAGGUCUCUCUGGUGGAUGGUAGGAGCGGCCACCGCGGGCUCGGCGGCGGCGGCGGCAGCGGGGAUGGCGCUGCUCGGGAUGCUGGAGGGCGCCGUGGACGCCGUGGCGGGCGGCGGACGGCUGUCGGCCGUGCUGGCCGCGUGCGUCUGCACGCUCAGCCUGGCCUACCUGCUGCGCCGCGGGCUGGGCCGCCCGGAGCAGCCGGCCGGAGAAGGGAAAAGUCCACCCCACAUUUUCUCUCCUAUUCCUUUCCUUGGACACGCAAUAGCAUUUGGAAAAAGUCCUAUUGAGUUUCUAGAAAAUGCAUAUGAGAAGUAUGGACCUGUAUUUAGUUUUACAAUGGUGGGCAAGAAGUUUACAUACCUCCUUGGUAGUGAUGCUGCUGCCCUGUUCUUCAACAGCAAAAACGAAGAUCUGAAUGCAGAAGAUAUUUACAGUCGGCUCACAACACCAGUCUUUGGAAAAGGAGUUGCUUAUGAUGUGCCAAACCCAGUAUUCUUGGAACAAAAGAAAAUGUUAAAAACUGGCCUUAAUAUAGCCCAUUUUAAACAACAUGUUUCGAUAAUUGAAAAAGAAACAAAGCAAUACUUUGAAAGCUGGGGAGAAAGUGGAGAAAAAAACUUGUUUGAAGCCCUUUCUGAGCUGAUCAUUCUCACGGCUAGCCACUGUUUACAUGGAAAAGAGAUCAGAAGCCAGCUGAAUGAAAAAGUGGCCCAGCUCUACGCAGACCUGGAUGGAGGCUUCAGCCAUGCUGCCUGGCUCCUGCCAGGUUGGCUGCCUUUGCCCAGCUUCAGGCGCCGGGACCAAGCACAUCGAGCAAUCAAAACUAUUUUCUGUGAGGCAAUCCAGAAACGUAGGAAGGCAAAAGAAAAAACUGAUGAUAUUCUCCAAACUUUACUAGAGUCUACUUACAAGGAUGGGCGGCCUCUGACAGAUGAUGAAAUUGCAGGGAUGCUGAUUGGACUUCUGUUAGCAGGGCAGCACACAUCCUCAACCACAAGUGCUUGGAUGGGCUUCUUUUUGGCCAGAGACAAACCACUUCAGGAAAAAUGUUUCUCAGAACAGCGAAGUGUCUGUGGAGAACAUUUGCCUCCCUUACAUUAUGAUCAGCUCAAAGAGCUGCAGGUGCUGGAUCGCUGUUUAAAAGAAACACUAAGACUUAGACCUCCUAUAAUGACGAUGAUGAGACUGGCCAAAACUCCCCAGAUUGUAGCAGGCUAUACAAUACCUCCAGGUCAUCAGGUGUGUGUCUCUCCUACUGUUAAUCACAGACUUAAAGACUCUUGGAUAGAGCGCUUGGACUUUAAUCCUGACCGAUACUUAGAGGAUAAUCCUGCAUCGGUUGAGAAGUUUUCCUUUGUGCCAUUUGGCGCUGGUCGGCAUCGUUGCAUUGGCGAAAACUUUGCAUACGUUCAAAUUAAGACAAUUUGGUCCACUCUGCUUCGUUUAUAUGAAUUUGAUCUUGUUAAUGGAUAUUUUCCUACUGUGAAUUAUACAACCAUGAUUCAUACCCCACAUAACCCAAUAAUCAGAUACAAACGAAGGACAACAUGAAAAAACAAGACAGGGAAAAGAUGCUUGUAUAGUAUUGGGAACUACUAUAGCAUUUGCACCAAAUGAAGUUUACAAGAUCACUUUACUGUGUACUGGGUUUUUUGGGUGUGCAGUUUUAAAGGAAAACUAAUUUAUGAAUCCUUAUGCUAUAAUUGUAUUUGUUUACAUGAUUAUAAUACCAUUUUCAUAGUUUAUUUGCCAUGUAUACAUUACUGGAGUCAAGACGCUUAUUAAAACUUUCUAGAAUUAGGUUGAGAAAGAUCUGUCCCUCCAAACAGAAUUAGUUUUAAGGGCAGUUUUCUAGUAUAAAUUUUUAGAAAAGGAUGUAUAUAUCCCCUGGGACGGAGGGAGUCUGCCCCGGACUGUUAACAUCAUGAAUGUGAAAUCCAAUAAAAUUCUUAGAGACGGGUUUAGGCUUCACAUGAAUGACUAAUCGAUGAAUUUUUAAAAAUUAAAUGCUGCAUUUAAAUUAAGAGUAGUUAGUUGUAUUAAAUGUUUUCAUAGCCAGACUCAAGAUAACCAAUAUCCUACAAAUUGUGUUACUAGAAAAGCAGAAUUCCAACCAUGGUUUGAUAAGCUUUUUGUCCUUUUUAAAAGGCUAUUUGAACAUGUAAAUCCUUACUCUCAAAUUAUACCUAAAAUAUUUUUUACAAAUUAAUUAAUUUUUAUACUUACUAAUUAUUCAUGUAUUGGAUAUAUACAGCUCACAACCUAGGUUGACCGUCGCAGAAGCUGUACACUCUCAGAAGGCUAUACUCAACUUAUCUGCUUCAGCAGAAUUUUGGGAAGUCCCCCUCCUGUCCAAAAAUAUCUCUUUGGGUUUCUGGGAGAGAAAUGGGUGCCAGAAGUUUGUAUGGUACCAAAGAUUUGUCCGUAUUUUGCAUAAGAAUAUAGUUCCUACCUCCUUUAUCUAGAUCAGACAGGAACACCUUGCCUCUGUGUGUGUGUGUGGGGGGGACCCCACCUUCUAGCAGUUAAAGAUAGACUACAGUUGUAAGUGUCCCCUGGGACUAAGUUUGGUCAUUAUUACUUGAUCUAAUCAAAUUACCUGAAAUCCAUUCAAUGUAGUAGCUGCUUGAUUGAGGGAGAGGGAACUAUCAGAUUGUAAAAUUGGAAUUGACACCAAUGUAUGUGUUCUAACUUGAAACUAUACCGUGUGUGUGUGAGAGAGAGUGUGUGUGUGUGUGUGUGUGUGUGUGAGAGAGUGAGAGUGAGAGACUAAUACUGUGCAUUUGACUGCACAAUUUGUUCUUACUAGGUAAGGCUGAAAUAUCCCCUCCUUGAAAUAUCAUGUAUGUUCCAGUAAUGUUCUUAGUUAAAGUAGUUUUCAGGACUCAUGUUGAACUCAUUAAAUGUAAUUAAAGUUCUGCUGUUAAUUUUUCACAUUAAAAUAAUUUUGGAUAAAA